AUGACAGACGGUAUUAUCAUUACACUCUAUAGAGCCAGUCCAAUCACAUUCAUCACCACCCUCGUGUUAUCAGCCCUCACUUUUAGAAUAAUCAUAUACCCAUUCUUUUUAAACCCACUCCACAAGAUCCCUGGUCCAACAUUAUACAAAAUAUCAUCAUUAUUCACAUUAAACGACCAUAGAGUUGAGAAAAGGAUAGUCAAAGUAGACACACUACACCAGAAAUAUGGAUCUGUGGUACAGGUUGCACCAAAUGAAGUUUCAUUAUCCCAUGUAUCAAGUUUGAAGAAGAUUUAUAUUGAUAGAAAUUUACCAAAGAGUCAAUUUUAUGGACAAUUUCAAAAUUUUGAUGAGUUGAACUCUUUUUCAAUGUUGGAUAGUGGUGUGCAUAUCAAGAGGAAGAGAUUGAUGGCCAAGUUAUAUUCCAAAACAUCUGUUUUUAUGAAUUCUUCACAAGUUCAUAUUAAUGAUAGGGUUAAUAAUGUUUUGGAAUUUGUGGGAUCUCAUGUCGGUGAUGGGAUUGAUGUUUAUGAAUUGUUUAAUUCUUUGGCUAUGGAUGUUGUCACUUUUUUCGAAUUUGGCUCAAAGUUCAGUACGAACCUGAUAUUAGAUCUUGAUCAAAGAGAAAUCAUAAAAUCAUUUAGAGCAUCUUCUUCAAUGUGGUUUUAUACAACUUUUUUCCCUUCACUUUGGGACUAUGCUGCAACCAAAGAAACAAAAACCCUCAGUGAUGGCUGUAGAGAAUGGAUAAGGGCUAAAUUUUUGGAAGCCUAUGAUGAUUUCUUGGAGAAUGGUUCAAAUGAUGAUAUAAACAUGAUCAAAUCAUUGUAUGAUUCUCAAAUGGUUAACAAGUUUGGGAUUGGAAGUGAGUUAUUUGAUCAUACAGCUGCUGGGCAUGAAACUACUGGUACUAGUCUGACUUAUUGCUGUUGGGAAUUAUCAAGACCUGCUAAUCAAUAUAUUCAAGAAAGAAUAGCUCAAGAGAUGAAUGAACAUUUUAUUAAGGAUGAUGAUGUAAUUGAGUUGGAGAAGUUGGAUAAAUUACCAUACUUGGAUGCUGUUAUUAUGGAGACUAUUAGAUUACAUGCAGCCAUUCCAGGGUUUGAACCAAGAGUUGUAGAUUCAAGAGAAUUUAAAGUUGAAUUAAGUGAUGGAACUCAAGUGGAACUACCUGGUGGAACAAUAGUAUCUGUUCAGCCAUAUACAAUUCAUCGUGAUCCUAAGAUUUUCUUGGAACCAAACCAAUUCAUUCCAGAGAGAUGGUUACCUGGAAAGGGUGAAUCAGAUGAUGAAUACAAAUCACGUAUUAAAUUAAUGAGGUCGAUGAUUUUCACAUUUGGACAAGGAAACAGAAUGUGUCUUGGUAUGAAUCUUGCUAUGAUGGAGAUGAAGCUAUGUAUUGGACAACUGUAUUGGAAAUUCAACUCUUGUAUAAGCGGUGAUUGGUGCAAGGACAUCUUGACGACUAAGGCGGAUGCAAUUAUGGGAUACUCAUCAUUCCACGGAAAGUCCAAGGCAGAAUUGAAUGAUGUUGAAUUGAUGAGUAUGGCGGACAGCUAUACAAGUCGUCCUAUAUUCGAUGAGUGUUGGUUGGUUUGGAACAAGAGAAGUUGA